ACAAUGUUUGGCGGGACUCUUUACCUCCUCGUCUUGAUAUGGACUUGCAGUAAUGCUCUACAUACAGACAUGUCGAGGGUUAAUGAUUGGGGAAAUGGGCGAUGUGAGGGUCACUUUACGUUCCCCAUUCACGGUGAAGACAUCGGACGAUGGGAAUGUAUAAUCACUUUCUCAGAACCAGUUACUGGAAUAUCGGAGUGGAUGGGAGACAUCAUUAAGCACUCUACAGGCAAUACUGUGUAUGUCUUGGUGAAUAAGCCUCACACAGGCAUACAGAGAGACGGACAAUCACUGUCCAGGGGAGCUAUACCGGAAGUAAAGCCCCCACAGCUACAGCUGAGCUCGUUAAUUUCGCCCAAGACGGUCUCAAACCACCCACCAUUUCUUUGGGUAAUUAAACCUGCUGUAAAAAUAUCCUUUAAGAGGUCUUUGUCUUGUGUUAGAAACAUUCUGAAAGUCUCUGUAAACCGCCUCACAUUUACUUACUCUGAUCAGAACACGAAUGAUGGAACAAUGUACAACUAUAAUGAAGUUUUGAUAAAGUCCAUCAUUUUCUCGAAGCAGCUCAGCGGUCAGAGAAGCUACCAGACGACAGUAAGAUUACGUGGUGGGGGAUUCAUCUCUACUGGACCAGGGGGACAUCGGAGAGGACCUCACAGGGAGCUGAUAUGA